GCAGAAGCGCCCCGCCCCCUCCUCCGCCAGCUGAUCCGUUGUCAACUCAUGCGCUUUGGCAACAGGAAGUGCGUCUCGUUCCCACCGCUGGAACAUGAGUACGAGGAACCGUUUCGCACAGAGCAACCGGGACAACGAGCUCCCCGCGUGACGUUCUUACAGGAAAGGGGGGAGAAACCCCCCCCCAACUCAUCGGGAGAUGGACGGUUGCAGGAGAGGACGGCCGUGGGGGAAGCUGGUCAAAGUGGACUCCGGUGAGACCGUCCUGCUCUUCAACAGGGAAUGCACAGUCGGCCGCAAGAAAGGGUGUUACCUGUCAUUUCCAGCCAGCAAACUGGUCUCAGGGGAGCACUGCAAGAUCGUACAAGACGAAAGCUCCGGGCUGGUGUGGCUUGAAGACAUGAGCACUAACGGCACCGUGAUCAACAUGUCCAAGCUGGUCAAGAAGCAAACGCACAUGCUGCAGAAUGGUGAUGUCAUCUACUUUGUGUACAGGAAGAGUGAACCGGAACAUAACAUAGCGUACGUUUACCACUCAAUCAAAACGGAGCAGGCCGUUCCACAACCCAGUUAUGACAUGGAGAGGGGAGCCCACUGUCCUGCUCCAUCUUCGGAGAUGCCGCUCUCCGUGGAGCCUGUGAUGCUCACAAAGGCGCCCUGCGAUCCGACUCGGAAGGAACCUCAGCCCUCCACCUCAAUUUCCCCCUUCUGCAUCGAGAGCCCUCUCUCGGUUUCUGGUCCCGUGGCAACCGUGGCCUCUCCUGCCACUGGCCGAGCAAAAGAAGACGUGGACGACUUGGAACCAGAAAGCAAGCGGUGGAAAAAAGAUAAUGAUAGAGAUUAUGAUACGCACUUACCACAUGCCUGCAGUACAGAAGUCAUCGGCGCAGUUAAGGGAAGUCCCAAGAGUUUCUUAUCGAAACCUCCAGUUGACGGGACUAAAACGGACAAGAUGGCGGAGACUCUGACUUGUGUCAUUUGCCAGGACCUGCUGCAUGACUGUGUCAGCUUGCAGCCUUGCAUGCACGUCUUCUGUGCUGCCUGCUACUCAGGCUGGAUGGAGCGUUCUACACUUUGCCCCACCUGCCGCUGCCCCGUGGAGAGGAUUCACAAGAACCACAUCCUCAACAACCUCGUGGAGGCCUACCUCAUCCAGCAUCCAGAAAAGUGUCGCAGUGAGGAGGACCUGAAGAGCAUGGACAGCAAGAACAAGAUAACUCAGGACAUGUUACAGCCAAAAGUCGAGCGCUCUUUCUCCGAUGAGGAGGGCGGCUCGGAUUACCUCUUUGAGCUCUCCGACAACGACAGCGACGCCUCGGACAUUAGUCCGCCUCUGGUGAUGUGCAGGCAGUGUCCCGGCUACAGGAGGGAGGUCAGUCAGGUGCUGUUCGCAACGGGUUCAAACUACUGGUUCGCCGGUUUGUCGGCUCCACCGCCUAUAUCUGCUCCGCCCAGACCAGCAACCGAAGAAGGGUCUGCAAAAUCCAUGGCGGAUCAGCCCUCAACAUCCUCGGAUGUUCCCUCAGGUGAUCCUCCUCAGGAGUACUGCUGCCCCCCUCAGGGCUGCCAUCUCAUCUGCACCUGCUGCUUCCAGCCGAUGCCGGACAGAUGGGCGGAGCUGAACAGCCAGCAGGUCGCCGCUCAACAAUGUGUGCUGUGCCAGCGACCCUUCUGUCACAUGUACUGGGGCUGCCAGAGGAUCGGCUGUCAAGGCUGUCUGGCUCGAUUCAGUGAGCUCAAUCUAACAGACAAAUGUUUGGAUGGAGUGUUAAACAACAAUAACUAUGAAUCAGAGAUUCUCCAGAACUACCUGUCCUCCCGAGGGAAGUCCUGGAGAGAUCUUCGUCAGGAGGCUCUGCAGGGCUUACAGCAAGCCAGCUACUACCUGGCAGAUUGCCGGAUCUCUGCAAACACCAUCCUGUGCUUAUGCUGCGGCCUGCGAGCGUUCAAGGAGCUGGCCUACAAGUACAGACAGAGCAUCCCUCCAUCUGAGCUGCCAGCUGCUGCAGCGUCUCGUCCGGACUGUUACUGGGGACGCAACUGUCGCACGCAGGUCAAAGCACAUCACGCGAUGAAAUUCAACCACAUAUGUGAGCAGACGCGUUUCAAGAACUGAAGGAGCCGAGUGGUUUGUCUCCUCUGUGGUAAAUGUGGACAACGGAGCAUCUUGCGCAUCGGACGUGAGACGUGAUCAUGUCGUGUUUCCUCUUCGUGUCCAUCGUAACCAACUGCCUUCUAGAUGUUAUGCAAUAACCCUAAUACAGAAAUUACAAUCAUACAUUUUACACUAGUGACCAGCGUCUUACUUUACACAGGGGCUGUUUGAAAUAAUGCUAUGCACAUUCAAAUCAAACUUCAGAGUUAAGUUUUCAAGAUGUUAAGACGUGGGCGGACAAUUAACACCAGCCACCAUUUCAAUUGUGCUUCCCGGUUUGUCUGUCCUCCAGCCCGUGGGGCAAAAAAUGUUUUCCUCUCAGAUUAAGAGCGAUUGAAGCAAUCUGUGUGGAUUAAAGCCAUGUACUCUACGUACACUUAUAAAUGUU